CGGCGUGCCCGGAGGGGAUCGGAACGGGAACACGGGAGCACAGGGAACACAGGGAGAGGAGCUGGAGCCGCCCCUGCGAGGGCGUGCCGUGACCGGCAGCAGCGCCGGGAAUACCGGGCUGGCAGCCCCAAGGGAGCGGUGCCUUCCCGGAGAGGUGCGGCUGAGCUUCCGCAUGGAGAGAGCCUGGGCACGGCGCUGGGAUUCCCGAAAUCCCGCUUCGCUUGGAGCCUGGAGUGAGCUCUGCGCUCCUGCUCCCUUCCUUGCCAUGCCGUCCCUUCUCUCUCCUGCCUAGGAAGAGCCGUCCUGCCCAGCCUGGCAGUGUCCGUGCCCACGGAGCGGAAUGGAUCGGUACCGAUAUUUCAUCUUUAACCAGAGGAACAUGGUCGUGCUGGGGAUGUUCCAGAUCGCCUUCAGCGCCGUCUGUGUCACCUGCGGCUUCAUCGAUGCCAUUUUCAGAACAGAGUCUCAGCUGGGCAAAACCAGAGCUCCCAUUUGGGCUGGCAUGGUGAUGGGAGUCCCAGGCGUCCUGGCUUUGUUCUCCUCGCAGAGGAAGAAUCCAGUUCUCGUGAAUGUACUGAUAGCUGCUUCCAUCAUCUCUUGUGUUGCCAUCCUGAUUGUAAUAGUUUACAGCUCCUUCACACUGAGCUAUGGUGAAGAGGAGGAGCUGAGUCCUGUCCCAGUCCAUGUUAUCCACACUAGGUUCAUCCUCAGUAGAGUUGUCAAGGGUGCCAACAUAGCCAUGCUGGCUGCAUCCAGCUGCAGUGCCUUCUUUGUGCUGGCCAUGGCUUACUUGGGGUGCCGGAGCCUUCCUCGCUGCUCCUGCUAUGACAGUGUCACUGGGAUGGCCCUGGGGGCAGAAUUUUCACAGAUCGGUUUCCAGCCCAGGAUGUAGAAGCAGAAGAAGACACAGCCAAACCUCCACCAUAUAUCAGAAUGACUUGAAAAAGUGGCCAAACAUUUUGUUCAAAUGUGGCAAAAGAGAUGCAAGGACUUCUUACUCUUUAAAGGUGAUGAUGCUCUAUUCUUUUGAAAACACACACACAGAGUGAAUGCCCAGCACUGAGCAGAGAUCACAGUGCAGAAGGAAAGAUCUGCAGGUGAUUUUGAACUUUGUACAGUGAAAAUACCUCAUUGCCUCUGGAAAGUGAAAGCAUUUUUUCCUCUGGCU